UCCCUGAUUCGGUGCGUCAUUAUGAAGUUAAGCCGUGUAAUCACGUUGAGCUUGUUCAUAGCUGCAGCAGCGGUUACAUCGGUGGCCGGUCAGGCCAAACCGGGUUGCAGCGGCGCGUGCGGCCACCUUGACAUCCCCUACCCAUUCGGUUCAAGAGAAGGGUGCUAUAGAGAUGAGAACUUCCUCAUAUCCUGCGACACCUCCUCUGCCAAACCAAUAGCAAAUUACUCCAAUAGCAACAUCCAAGUGUUACACGUCUCUCUCGACGGUCAGUUGCGCCUUUCCGGCUGGGUUGGCUGGGAUUGUUACGUUCCCUCUGCUCGCUGGAACUUCAUAUCCUUUAAACUCCGCCGGUUUGCUAUAUCCAACACCAAGAACAAGUUCACUGUCAUUGGCUGCGAUACCCGUGCUUUCGUUUAUGAUUUUUGGGGAAGAAGGUUCAGCACUGGCUGUACGUCCUUUUGCAGAGACGUUGCUGACCUGGUCAAUGGAAGUUGCUCUGGGAUUGGCUGCUGCCAAACCAGUUUUCCCACAGGAAACUUGGGUUACAAUAUCAGCAUUUUCAGCUAUCGCAACCACUCUCAAGUGUUGGACUUUAAUCCUUGCAGCUACGCUUUUGUGGUCGAAGACGGUGCUUUCAAUUUCUCUUCUCUAGAUCUCCUCGAUCUGCGAGGCAAAAGAGACUUUCCUAUGAUCAUUGAUUGGGCUAUUUGGGGUGAGAAUUGCUCCGAAGCAGUGAAGAACAGAAGCAGCUAUGCUUGCAUGGACAAUAGCUUCUGCGUUGAUUCACAAAAUGUUCGUGGCUACCUCUGCAGAUGCAACGAAGGGUUUCGAGGGAAUCCUUACCUGUCUGGUUCUGAUGGUUGCCGAGAUAUCGACGCGUGCAGCAACAGCACAUUAAAUCUCUGCAGUCAAACGUGCCACAACUUGUACGGCACCUACAACUGUUCUUGCCUGCCGGGAUACAUAGGCAACGGUUUCAAGAACGGAACAGGAUGCCUUUUAGUGGAUAAAUCCAAUAAUGUCCCAAUCACUGAAGUUGCUCUGGGCGUCAGCGUAUUCCUCUUGGUUCUUGGAAUUGUCAUAUCCUCCUUAUGUUGGGUAGGGAGGAAAAGAAGGCUCGUAAACAUCAGAAGGAAGUUCUUCGAGAAAAACGGGGGUCUCAUGCUUCAGGAACAACUUUCCGAGCAACAUGGUUACAGUGAAAUGGCGAAGCUAUUUACCGAAGAGGAGCUCAAAGAAGCCACAGAUAACUUCCAUGAAAGCAAAAUUCUUGGGCGUGGAGGCCAAGGAACAGUUUACAAAGGAAUAUUACCAGAUAAAAGAGUGGUUGCCAUCAAGAAGUCCAGAAUAGCAGAGCAAAGCCAAAUCAAAGAUUUCAUCAACGAAGUGCUUGUACUCUCACAAAUCAACCACAGGAACGUGGUCAAACUUCUGGGUUGUUGUUUGGAAACUGAAGUUCCUCUGCUAGUUUAUGAGUUUGUCGCUAACAAUACUCUGCUCCACCAUAUAGACCCAUCAACGAAAACAUCAUGUCUUCCAUGGGAAACUCGGCUAAGGAUAGCUACUGAAACUGCUGGAGCCAUAUCUUACCUUCAUUCUGCAGCUUCCAUUCCAAUCAUUCACAGGGAUAUAAAGUCUACUAACAUACUCUUGGAUCACAAUUACACAGCAAAGGUAUCUGAUUUUGGAGCCUCCAGGUUGGUUCCUUUGGACCAGACUGAAAUCACUACACUUGUGCAAGGGACAUUGGGAUAUUUGGACCCGGAGUACAUACAAACCGGCCAGUUAACCGGGAAAAGCGAUGUUUAUAGCUUCGGGGUGGUGCUUAUGGAGUUGCUGACUGGAAAGAAGGUGAUUGAAAUGAACAGGCCAGAAGAAGACAGAAAUUUAGCUGUUCAUUUUGUUUCUUCAAUGAAGAAAGACCGUUUGCUUGAGAUUCUAGAUAGUGGAGUGUUGGAUGAGAAAAAUGUAGGGCAACUUAAGAAAGUUGCUGUAUUGGCGAGUAGAUGUAUAAGAGUAAGUGGGCAAGACAGGCCAACCAUGAAGGAAGUAUCCAUUGAGCUGGAAGGCCUGAUAGCUAUUGAAAAGCAUCCGUGGGAUGGAAAAUAUUUAAAUUCCGAGGAAACUGAAUACUUGCUUGCUCCAAUAUAUGGAAUUGAAGGCAGUACUAGCAAUUCCACGGGGUUCGAAAGCAUUGCACCUAAGAUGGAAAGUGGGCGCUGAUUUUUCUGUUUGUUGAAUCACUACGCUAUCGUUUUCCGUUAGUCUGACAGUUUUUCUGUGAAUCAUUUUAAAUACACCAACCAAUUAGUAUGCAUGUUUACAGUUGUAUACUGUUAUCCUAUCAGCAACUGCUGAUAUUUUCCUAAUUCUAUCGUUUCCUUC